ACAGCCCGCUAGGUCGCGUUCGCGCAGCCCUCAUCGAGGCCAUAUUGCUGUAGUUACGGGCCAUUGAAAGGCAGCAAAAAGCCGGCAACCAACUACUGCUUGCGCUGCGGACGUGAAAAAGGCACCUCUACGGGUCGGGACACACUCACAGCUGCAAAGACCUCGGUGCGCCCGCGCAGUCGACGCGACCUAGGCGUCAUUAAUCCACAACACAUACGUCUAGGGCAUAGCAGCCUGAAAAGCAAGCUCCGCUAUGCCAAGACGCGUCACGGAUGCGUCGCGGCGCAACGACGAUGAUUCCGACAGCGACGACUGGCGCACCUCCACAACGCAGCGCACGCCCAAGCGGAGAGCCGUCUCGACCGCGUCCUUCUACGAGACGUCCGACGGCCGCAACCUCGGCGCGGAAUACAAAAAGAUCGACGAGGCGCGUUUGGUGGACACUCGCAAGCGCCAAGCGAAGGGCGCCUACCGUAUCUUUCGGAAGCAGGCCUGGUUAUUGGAGCAUGCAGAUGUGAUGAAUGGUCAUGCACCAGGACCGCUCACAAAUGACGACGCCGCGGACGCUCUGGAACGGCGCCUCGACGCUAGAUCGGACCUCGAGUUCUACGGCGUGCCCAACGUCCAGAAUCCGGGCCGGCUCUGGAGCGAGGAGGUCGGGGGCGAGGGCCAGCGGCGCUACGUCUACGCUCAUUUGAAUGCCUUUCGCGAGGUCUAUGAGGCGAUGACGUCUGAAAAAAGGCACUUCUAUGAGUUAAUAAGGGAGGGCGCGCCGGUGCGGCCGUAUUUCGACCUCGAGUUUGCGAGGGACGAUGCUUCUAUUAAUGGAGACGACCUCACGAGGCGCUGGCUCGCCGUCUUCGCGGGGGCGUUGGAGGAGGCCUUCUACGCGCCGACGGCGUUAUUCGAGUCCCAUCGCAACGCCGCGCUCUGCCACGGGUUGUAUGAUGCGUGCCCGGACCUCGACGAGCAGCUUAGGGUAGAACUCGACGGCGUGUCCAGGGAGACGGCGCUGCGCGCGGCGGAGGCGGCGUCGGAAGCUUCAAGGAACGAGCCCGACGCCGCCAAAGCGGCGGUCUACGACCACGUCGCCGCCGUGGCACGGCGUGCUGCUACAGAGCCGUUCUGCGCCAUCAGCGUCAAGGACCACGUCCUGCAGCUCGACGCGUCGACUUCAACGAAAUUCUCGCGCCACGCGACGUUCUGCCUGCCCGACGGCGCGGCCUUUGUGGAUGCGGCGGCGUUAGGAAGUUUCGUGCGCCGCGUCCUCGCGUCCACGAACGACGCGUUCGUGAUAAAUGGAGAGUCCUUCGUGGACGCGUCGGUCUACUCGCGGAACCGGUGCUUCCGACUGUGCGGGAGUUCCAAGAAGACGAAGCGCGCCCCUCUUGUUGUCGUGGGUGACGGGCGCCUGGCGUCUGAGGACGCAUUGCCCGAGGCGUCGCUCGUCGUCCCCGUCGCGGCGCCGUCGCGCUUGUUGGGCUCGCAUGAAUCGCGGCAUGAUGUCGUGACGCCCUCUGAAGUGAUGGCGUCACCAAUGGCCCCGCGGCCACAAGCGCUCGCAGAGGGCUCGCUGCCGUCGCCCUUCCCGCGCGUCGACGCGUGCAUCCUCGCGGCGCGGCCCGGCGCGACGGUGCGGGCGUGGCGGCGCACGCCCCACACGCUCACGUACCACCUCGCGAAGAACCGCUUCUGCGAGCGCAUCGGCCGGCCCCACAAGUCGAACAACAUAUUUUUCGUUGUGGAUUUGAACCAGGCCGUGUUUCGGCAAAGAUGCUUCGACGAGGGCUGCCGCGGCUUCGUCGGCGCGCCCCACGCUCUAUCGCCCGAAGCCGCCGAGGAAGUCUUCGACGUCCUCGCGACCGAGGCGUGCGCCGACGCGGAGAAGCGGGCGUGAUGUUGUAAGUUGCUUUUGUUUUA